AUGGUCGUCAUCGACUUUGACAUGGCCGCAACAGGAGGCAACUCCAAUGCCACCUUCUCCGACUCGCCCUUCUUCUACGACCGAUCCGAUGCCAACGGCGCCGGUCAGGCCAUCUACAAGGACGCACACCAUGUGCAACCGCACUCCAACCCGCGAGUCAGCUACUACCACCCUUCUGGCGUGGGCGACUUUCACUACGGCGAAAGGCAUCCCAUGAAACCCGCCCGCUUGACCUUGACCAACCGGCUCGUCCUUGCCUACGGCCUGCACAAGCACAUGAGCGUCUUCACACCGCGCGAAGCCACCAAGGAAGAGCUCGAGAUGUUUCACGACAGCGACUACGUGGAUUUCCUUGCCAACGUCACGCCCACCACACCGCCAUCUGCUGCCUUCACAAAGUUCAACUUUGCCGACGACUGCCCGGUCUUUGACGGCAUGUACGACUUCUGCAAGGCGUAUUCUGGUGCCUCCCUUGCCGGUGCACGACGGCUUGCCGCGGGCGAGACCGACAUUGCCAUCAACUGGUCCGGCGGUCUGCAUCACGCGAAAAAGUUCGAAGCCUCUGGGUUCUGCUACGUCAACGACAUCGUGCUGGGCAUCAUGGAGCUGCUGCGCCACCAUCCGCGCGUGCUGUACAUCGACAUCGACAUCCAUCACGGCGACGGCGUUCAGGAGGCCUUCUACAACUCCAACCGCGUCAUGACCGUAUCAUUUCACAAGUACGGCAACGACUUCUUCCCCUGCACGGGCAAUAUCGACGAGAUCGGUACGGGUUUGGGCAAGCAUUUCUGCCUCAACGUGCCAUUGCAAGAUGGCAUCGACGACUCGGGCUAUGUCGCGCUGUUCAAGAGCGUCAUGGAGCCAUGCAUAACGACCUUCCGCCCCUCCUCCAUUGUUCUCCAGUGCGGUGCGGAUUCACUUGGACUUGACAGGUUAGGAUGUUUCAACCUGAGCAUUGCGGCGCACGGCGAGUGUGUGCAGUUCAUCAAAUCCUUUGGUUUACCCUUGCUCGUCCUCGGCGGUGGAGGAUACACCAUCCGCAACGUUGCCCGCUGUUGGGCGUACGAGACCUCCGUUCUCACCGGCUGCAGUAUUCCGGACACACUGCCGAGCACGCCCUACAUGGAGUUCUUCGCACCCACCUACCGCUUGCACGAGCCGACCCAAGCGGGUCGGGUGGAGAACCAAAACUCCAAAGCGAGCCUCGAGAAGAUUCGCGUGCAGAUCCUCGAGCAGCUGCGCUACCUUCACGGUGCGCCGAGCGUGCAGAUGCAGGAACUGCCGCCCGACCUCGCCGGCGCCUGGGUCGAGGAGGAGAUCAAACCCUAG